AAUAAACAAACAGCACGAAGUGCGCAUGCGCGGGUGUAACAACACAAGCUUUUCCUCUCUGUGUCUCGAGCCAGAGCAAGCGCGGCCAGUCAGUCAGUCAAGUCAUCCAGGCUACGGUGGCGGUUAAGCGUUUGCAGGCCUCCUCCAAUCGGAAACCACGCCAAAGAGGGAGGGAGGGAGGGCAGCGGCGGAGGCGGGGCCUUUAUUUAGCCCCGCCCCUUUCUUCGGCCUCGCCAUCAGUGGCGGCGGCGGUGGCGCCUCAAGCUUUCACCCAGUCUUCCUUUCCUCGCAAACUCCGGCGGGCGUUUAGGCCUCAAGGGCUCGGGACCGAACUAGGCCGCGGGGAAGGCCUUCUCAGAGGUGGGACGAGCCAGAGGCGGAGGCGGUGACGUCGGCGCGGCUGGUUUCCGGAGGAAGGAGCGCGAGAAGAGAGCGAGAGAGGCAGGCAGGCUCCAUCCUCCGCAGGGAGGGAGUGCGGCGGCGGCAAGGCCCGGCGGAGAAGGCGGCGGAGAAGAAGGCGGAGGAGGAGCAGCAGCAGCAGCUGGAGCCCCGGCCAAGGCAGCGACACCGACGGAGCAGCGCCUCCCGCCCCUCGCCCACCAACCAUGGCCCUCAAGCGCAUCAACAAGGAACUUAGUGACUUGGCCCGUGAUCCACCAGCCCAGUGUUCUGCAGGCCCAGUUGGAGAUGACAUGUUUCAUUGGCAAGCCACAAUUAUGGGUCCUAAUGACAGUCCUUAUCAAGGUGGUGUUUUCUUCCUGACAAUUCAUUUUCCUACAGACUACCCUUUCAAACCACCCAAGGUUGCAUUUACAACAAGAAUUUAUCAUCCAAAUAUUAACAGUAAUGGCAGCAUUUGUCUCGACAUUCUAAGGUCACAGUGGUCUCCUGCUUUAACUAUCUCUAAAGUUCUCUUAUCCAUUUGUUCACUGCUAUGUGACCCAAACCCAGAUGAUCCCCUAGUGCCAGAGAUUGCACGUAUCUAUAAAACAGACAGAGACAAGUACAAUAGGUUAGCAAGAGAGUGGACAGAGAAAUACGCUAUGCUGUAGGGUACAACAGAAUAUCCCGGGAAUGGACUCAGAAGUAUGCCAUGUGAUGCUACCUUAAGUCAGAAUAACCUGCAUUAUAGCUGGAAUAAACUUUAAAUUACUGUUCCUUUUUGAUUUUCUUAUCCGGCUGCUCCCCUAUCAGACCUCAUCUUUUUUUUUUAUUUACCUCUAUCCAUUCAUGCACAUGCUCAUCUGAGAAGACUUUAGCUCUUCCAGCUUUGGACAAUAACUGCUUUUUAGAAUCUGUAAAGUAGUUAUACAAGAACAGUUGCCCAAGAUUCAGAAUUCUUUAAAUGGAGCAUGUGUGUUGUGGCCAAUGUCUUCACUCUAACUUGGUUAUGAGAUUGAAAUCAUUCCUCACUGCUCUAACCGUUCUACUGAAGAUAUCACCCAAAGGGAGGGGAGAUGGAUGUUCAGUUUGCUCACAUCACAGGGAAUAACAUUGCUGUAGCAUCAUCCAUCUUGUUUUAAAACCUUCCAGUGUUAGAGACUGAGGUUUCAUGACAUACUUGUGCUCAUAACUGGUAUGGCUGGAGAAUUGGUACAGAACUUGUAGCAUCAGCAGAACAGAACACGUGAUGUAUCUUAUGCAUGUCAAUAAAGGAAUGACCAGUUCUUGUUCUACAGAGAAUGGAAAUUGGAAGUCCAACAUCCCUUGUAUUCCAGAAUAGGGUCUCAGAACAUUUUUGUAACUCAUUUAAAUUUUGUUAGGAUGCCUGGAGCUAUUAGUUAAUCUAUCUUCCACAACCGAUAAAUAUAGCACUGAAUAAAUGAUGCAAGUUGUCAAUGGAUGAGUGAUCAACUAAUAGCUCUUCUAGUAAUUGAUUUUAUUUUCUUCAAUAAAGUUACAUAAACCAAUGAGUUAGCUGCCUGGAUUAAUCAACAUGGGAAACAAAAUCUUUUGUAAAAACAAAGGUGGUUUUGUAUAUACUUGUUGGGAUUUGCCUCAUUGUUUGGCAUCAAAUAAUGAUGUGAAGUUAGUAGAGUGAACUUUUUGCCAUGUUCAGUUAUCAAACUUGGUCUGUGUUCAGGUUGACACAUUGAUCAGCCCUGGAGUAUGCAGAACUAAUAAGCUAAUCUAGUAGUGUAGACUUUAGUGUGCUACACUAAAGGUACUGGGAGCCAAGAGUUCAAAUAUGAACUUGGGGCCCAGGUGAUAUAUGUACUGGUGUGUUGUGGAGACCUUUCCAGAUGCACCUAGCUUGUUGACUGAGAAGCUUUUCUUCACCUUGUACACUUAACAGCUGAAAGAUCUUUAUGUGGGAGUAAUGAGGCAAAAACUGAAAAAUAAAGUACUGUUUUGAUGUGGGAAUUGUCAUGAGGUUGUGUUGAAGUGACUUUUCUAUGUGAGAUAUUCACUAUCCAUCAAAGGACUACCAUGCUGCCACUUACAUUACUGAACAUCAAUGUUUGCAGUGGUCACUCAUUUUGGUGGCUAAAAUGAAUGAAUAAAGUCAUUGCUACUGGG